GCCUUGCUAACAUCUUCCUCUCCCCAAGAAGAACGCUCGAAACCGGUCCUCUAAAGCUUGGAAAUCGCGUCUCUCCUCCUUCUCUGAUAACUUCUUCCGAUUUUCCGAUGUCAAAUUUAUCCAAAAUGACACCAAAGCUCUCUGUCUCUCUGCCGGUACAGGAGGAGAAGAAGAAUGUCUCACAGGAAGUUUGAGCAUCCAAGACAUGGUUCUCUUGGUUUCUUACCAAGAAAGAGAGCUAAUCGUCACAGAGGAAAGGUGAAGGCUUUUCCUAAGGAUGAUCAAACUAAGCCUUGCAAGUUCACAGCUUUCAUGGGUUACAAAGCUGGUAUGACUCAUAUUGUCAGAGAUGUUGAGAAACCCGGAUCCAAGCUUCACAAGAAGGAGACAUGUGAGGCUGUUACUAUCAUUGAGACACCAGCUAUGGUUGUUGUUGGAGUUGUUGCUUAUGUGAAGACUCCGAGAGGUUUGAGGUCUUUGAACACUGUUUGGGCUCAGCAUUUGAGUGAGGAGGUUAGGAGAAGGUUCUACAAGAACUGGGCUAAGUCUAAGAAGAAGGCUUUUACCGGGUACGCCAAGCAGUAUGAGAGUGACAAUGGCAGGAAGGGUAUCCAGGCUCAGCUUGAGAAGAUGAAGAAAUACGGAACUGUUAUCCGUGUUUUGGCUCACACUCAGAUCAGGAAGAUGAAGGGGUUGACGCAGAAGAAGGCUCACAUGAUGGAGAUCCAGAUAAAUGGUGGUACCAUUGCACAGAAAGUCGACUUUGCCUACAGUUUCUUUGAGAAGCAGAUCCCGAUUGACGCUGUUUUCCAGAAGGAUGAAAUGAUUGAUGUGAUUGGUGUGACCAAGGGUAAGGGUUACGAAGGAGUUGUUACCCGUUGGGGUGUGACAAGGCUUCCCCGUAAGACUCACAGGGGUCUACGUAAGGUUGCUUGUAUCGGUGCGUGGCAUCCAGCUAGAGUGUCCUACACUGUAGCUAGGGCUGGUCAGAACGGUUACCAUCACCGUACUGAGCUAAACAAGAAGAUUUACAGGUUGGGCAAAGUUGGUACUGAGACUCAUUCAGCCAUGACUGAAUAUGACAGGACUGAGAAGGAAAUAACUCCAAUGGGAGGAUUCGCACAUUACGGUAUAGUGAAGGAUGACUAUUUGAUGAUCAAGGGUUGUUGCAUGGGUCCAAAGAAGAGAGUUGUGACUCUGCGCCAGUCGCUGCUCAGGCAGACUUCUCGUCUUGCGAUGGAGGUGAUUAAUAUCAAGUUCGUUGAUACCUCCUCCAAGCAAGGACAUGGUCACUUCCAGACCAGCGAGGAAAAGGCCAAGUUUCUUGGUCGUAAUGCAACUGCAAAAAAGGCUUAAAACAAGUUUUCUCUUGUUUUAUUAGCUCUUCUUUAGAAAGUCUUGAAAGAUGAUACUAGUUUUUGAACCAUCUGUUGCAAUUUUGUGUUUGAUGCAAGUUUUACUGAGUUCAUCCAAACCAAUAUAGCAUGACUGGUUAG